CCACACCAGCUUCUCACUACCGACUCAAAACCCCGCCAUAACAAACGAACGCACACCUUAGUCGCACAGUCAUCGCCACAAUGAAGCUCAGCACUGUUCUCCUCGUGGCAGUCAGCGUCGCGUCCACCAGCGCCGGCUUUCUCAACGGCAUCACCGGUGGCUCGCAGGUCGCCAUCACCGAAGACCUCAAGGUCCCGGGCAGCAACCCUCUGGCCUUCUGCCAGGACCCGACCAACAACAUCCUCACCAUCGACGAGGUCGACCUUUCGCCCAACCCCCCCGAAGCUGGCAAGACGCUGUCGAUUGAGGCGAACGGCACGCUGCACAAGGACAUCGAGGAGGGCGCAAAGGUCAGGCUGCAGGUCAAGUACGGCCUGAUCACCUUGAUCAAGCAAGAGGCGCCGCUGUGCGAGUAUGUCAAGGAGGUCAACCUGGAGUGCCCGCUCAAGAAGGGCGACCUCACGUUGACCAAGGACGUCGAGCUGCCCAAGCAGAUUCCUCCCGGAAAGUACACUGUCCUGGCUGAUGUCCUGACCAAGGACGAGGUUAAGAUUACCUGCCUCACUGCUACCGUCAUGUUCCACAGAUAGUGGACGAGUUUACCUUGUCUGAGAUGGCGGCUUUACACCUCGUCUUUGCGGCAUGAUGCGUUCUUGCGAGCACCGGAGUGAUAGGUCGGAGUGUUGUGGAUUACUUUCACGAAACCGAUACCAGACGGGCGUUUGAUUCUUAGGUUUUAUAUUGCGGUAAUGAUGAUAUGACAGAUUAAGCUUGCAAAUUACCAAAUGAGUAGGUAUUUCAAUGCGUAAUCGCCUAGACGUAGGCUCAACAUUUGCCGUCCC